AUGGCCUCCCACACGACGAUCAUUGCCAACACGUCAGAAUACCCAAUUUACGUUGCCAUUGAUGAAACUGAGGGCUCCGCCAAAAGAAAAGUCGAGGAAAUGAUCAAGAAGGCCAGCAGUGAGCUUUUUUCACCGAGGAAAAUAUUAUUAAUGAAACGAAUUUUCAGACGAGCCCGAAAACGGCUACAACGCCAGCAAGCCGUCUGGUUAGUUUUUUUUUGGAUGUCAGGAGAAAUACCUUCUGAAUUGGAAAAAAAUAUGGGCUUUUUCAAACUAUUUUAACUUAUUUUAUAGCCCAUUCUGGUUUUGAAAAGGAAUAGAUUCAACUUUUGAAAAUGGUACCAAGUCAAACAUAAAUGCUCCGCUUCGCAGAAGUCGCCUAAUUUGGGAAAUUAGUUAUAGUCUGUGUGCCGCGACCUGAAAUUUCACGGAACGACAUUCCGCUAUUCCGCUGCGUGCGUUUGCGAAGCGUUUUUCGAAUCUAGGUCACGCUUUCAAUUGAUUGUUGUUGCUUUGGGAGCACAUGAAAGUAGAAUACCUUAAUAAAAGAAAAACAAGUUAAAAGCGCGACCAAGGUUCGCAAAGGGACGCAGCGGAACAGCGGAAUGUCGUUCGGUGAAAUUUCAAGUCGUGGCACACAGACUGUACAACACACAUAAUUUCUACACACUUCAGAUACUGUUUGAAAAAAAAUUAUUCUUUAUUUUGUAGAAACCGUCUGAGUAAUAAUUUUAUAAAAACGUCCGAUCAUACUUUUGAAAUCCUUCAAACAGCUCAGCCACCGAAAACCCCUCCCAAUUCCAUAAUUAUUCAGAGUUCGAGUUGACAGGCUCCUUUGGGUUCACGGAAGUUUUCCCCGGCUAUUCGGCAAAGUUUGUCCGUGGUGAGACCAAAACCGCCUUCGUUUCAAUCUACCACUACUAUUCCUUGCCUCCACGAGGUCCGCGAAAUCAAACUAUUCCUUUAAUGUAAAUAUUUUAAAGUAUUCCGCGGAGUUCGACUUCCAUGCGCCGGCUAUCGUGUUCAGAACGAUGCGACCAUCGUUUUCGACAAGUUUAAUCAGGUUUGAAGAAAAAAAAAAAAUGGACGAAUUAUGUCGUGGUCUUUGCAUGGCGACCGUUUGGACAACUUUAGAAAAAAAAAAUGUUUGAUUUCUUUUCCAAAUUUUCUUUUCAAAAUUGUUAAUAUUAUAUUUUGCAGGUUGUCACGCACGAGGGCCUCUUGGAAGAGUUCCAGAAAAGCCCUUUAGAUGAAAAUCUCCGCCAAGAAGCCUUCAAACGUUUCGCUGAAGCCGAGAAGCAACGCGCCAACAUUCCCCGAGUGAAAUCAGAUGAAUGA